AUGUCGUUUCCAAACGGUAAUGAGAAACAUCAAAUUACUACAGCAUCAAGAAGGACUUCAUUAGACAGUCAUAGAUAUGUAGCUAAUACAGAAGAUUCAAAAAUGCCAGAUACGAUGCCCAAUCAUUCUAAAUUAGCUGCAGAGACUAUAGCUAGAAUGACACCUGAAGAAUACGCUGAUGCAGAAAAAAAGUUGUUGAGAAAAUUAGAUCUUAAAUUGAUUCCAUGGAUGACAUUACUUUAUUUGUUGAGUUUUAUCGAUCGAGUUAAUGUCGGUGCUGCGAAACUCGUCGGACUCACCACCGAACUUCACCUCAAUUCACUGCAAUACUCCAAUGCGUCUAUGAUUUUCUUCGUCAGUUAUGUCGUAUUUGAAGUUCCAUCCAAUUUGGUUUUAAAGAAAUUGAGACCAUCUCGAUGGAUUCCAGCUACUAUGAUCUGUUGGGCCAUAUUCCAAACAUGCAUGGGUCUCGUCACGAAUUACGGUCAAUUACUAGCUCUUCGAUUCUGUUUAGGUUUAUUCGAAUCUGGUCUUUUCCCAGGAUUGAAUUUCUAUCUUACUGGAUGGUACAAACGUGAUGAAAUCAAUAGGAGAUGCGCUUUCUUCUUUGGUGGCGCGGUACUAGCAGGUGCAUUCGGUGGUAUUUUCGGAUAUGCGUUGAGUAAGAUGAAUGGAGUGGGUGGUAAACAAGGCUGGGCGUGGAUCUUCAUCAUGGAAGGUCUUCUCACUUUCGUUGUUGCUGUAAUGUCGUUCUGGAUGAUUCACGAUUGGCCAGAUACAGCAAGAUUCCUUUCUCCUGUCGAAAGAGAGAUGGUCUUGGUCAGAUUGAAGCAAGAACAGGGGUUAGCUUCUGAAGGUGGAUUCAAUUGGAGAGUUAUCAGAAAGGCGCUUGUGGACUGGAAGACAUACUGCCUCAUGUUGAUGUACAUUGGAGCUGCUGAGCCCCUAUACAGUGGAUCACUCUUCACGCCAACAAUCAUCUCCUACCUGGGCAAAUUCACCAUCUCCCAGUCUUUACUUCUUAGUACCCCUCCAUACGUUCUCAUGUUCUUCACAACCAUGACCACCGCAUGGCUGAGUGACAAGUAUCAGAGAAGAGGGUUCUUCCUCAUGGGAUGGUCCCUCGUAGGUGCAACAGGAUAUCUGAUGCUCUUGACCAUUCCUAUAAAGUAUCCUGGCGCACUAUACUUUGCCGUCUUCGUUUCGUCUUCUGCUGUUGGGCCACUCAUCGCCACUACCAUCGCUUGGACUGGUAACACUUUUGGUAAUCAUUACAAGAAAGCGGUUGCUAUGGGAAUGGUAUUUUCAGCCGGUAAUUCAGGUGGAAUAGUUUCAUCACAAGCCUAUCGAAACAAAGAUGCACCAAGAUUCUUACCUGGUCACGGAACGGCAUUGGCAUUCUGUCUAUUGAACUUCACGAUGGCUGUAAUCCUCUAUCUAGGUGUGAAGAAAGAAAAUCAAAGAAGGAAUGAUAAAUUUGGACCUGCACCUAGACCGGAUGAAGUUCAAGAAUAUGAAGAUCCAGAAUAUCAAGUCAGAUGGGGGUUACAAGGGAUGUCAAGAAAAGAGGUCGUGGAAUUAGGUGAUGAUCAUCCUGCUUUCAGGUACAUCCUUUAA